GUCUUUGUAGCCACGGUUGGUUCUUUCGUUAGCCUGUGCCAAUCUCUUACUCUAUUCACCAGCUGAAGAAACCGAUGCCUGCCGGCGAGCUACGCUGCCCAUCCCCGCCACGAACAACGGUGAAUGAUUCCUGCAUCACCGACAACGAUGAGGCCUGGGUAUGGACCCAGAUCAAAUCCGAGGCCCGCCGCGACGCGGAGUCAGAGCCGGCGUUGGCUAGCUACCUCUACUCCACUAUCCUCUCUCACUCCUCGCUGGAGCGAUCUCUUUCCUUCCAUUUAGGCAACAAGCUUUGUUCCUCAACCCUUCUUUCCACCCUCCUUUACGAUCUCUUCCUCGACACUUUCUCCUCCGACCCUUCUCUCAUCGCCGCUGCCGUCGCUGAUCUUCGCGCCUACCGCGUCCGUGAUCCUGCUUGCAUAUCAUUCUCGCAUUGUCUUCUCAAUUACAAAGGGUUCUUGGCUUGCCAGGCUCAUAGAGUUUCUCACAAGUUGUGGACUCAGUCCCGUAGGCCACUGGCACUAGCUUUACACUCUCGAGUCUCUGAUGUUUUUGCUGUUGAUAUACAUCCAGCGGCAAAGAUUGGGAAGGGGAUAUUGUUCGAUCACGCAACUGGUGUAGUGAUUGGUGAGACGGCAGUGGUUGGGAACAAUGUUUCCAUUUUGCACCAUGUUACACUUGGAGGAACAGGGAAGGCAUGUGGGGAUCGACAUCCCAAGAUUGGAGAUGGAGUAUUAAUCGGUGCUGGCGCAACAAUUCUAGGAAAUGUGAAGAUUGGGGCUGGUGCAAAGAUUGGAGCAGGCUCUGUAGUACUUAUUGAUGUGCCCCCUCGGACCACAGCAGUAGGAAAUCCUGCAAGGUUGGUGGGAGGAAAAGGAACACCAGCGAAGCAUGAGGAAUGUCCUGGAGAAUCUAUGGAUCAUACUUCUUUUAUCUCAGAGUGGUCAGAUUAUAUUAUUUGAUUUGCUGAUUUGAUCUCAUAUUUGUCCUAUAUCUGUUUCAUAUCUUUAUAGGUUGCUGUGUAUUUCCAAAGUCUCCCUUUACUGGUUGGCUUCGAUGGCUUAGAUCAACGAUGGAUAAAACUGAUAUUUUUCCUACUUUUGCCUGCUUGUAUUGAACGGUGAAUACGUUUUAGCAGCUAAUAUAAUUAAAGCAGUAAACUGUCCUUUGAAA